GAGGAAAUGCGGAAAACAAAGCUAGGUUAGAGCGCGUUGUUUGCACGUGGUGAUCAUGCCUGAAACUGUCACUUUUUCUCUCAAAACUGCAGCUGGUUGUGAAAGGCGGUUCUGAAUUUCAUGACAAAGUUGCAGGGAUGCCGAAGCGUGUGGCCAUCGACAGAAAAUCGGAACGCAUGCAUUUUUACAGACGGAGGAAUUCAGCUUUGGAUUCAUGUGCAGCACAUGGCCUCUCAUGUUCUCACUGCCCAGCAGUCGACAUUGCCAUGCUUUCGUGCUGUAUCAUCACCUACACUCACACACAUCACAUCUGCUGUUAGUGUACCUGUCAGCCUUUCCUACAAACGGGCAAGCCACUUUUCGAAAAGGAAGCACAUGGUGCAUGCCAGCUGUGCAAAUAGCUGCAUAUACAUGCAGCCUACUGCUCUGGCCGCGCUUUUCACGGAAACCUUGGUGUCCUUGGCGGAACCACGUGGCUUCAGGGGAGCACCUUAGCAAGGUGACAGCGUUCGCGAAGAAGAGAAACCGAUAAAAAAACAACAACAAACCAAAGAAAUAAAUAACUGUGGGUGAAAGGAGA